AUGGCUCUCCCACCCAAGUGGUACCAGUUCCUCGUGAGCGUCUUCGCCUCGCUCGGCUCUCUCCUGUACGGUUACGACCUGGGCGUCAUCGCCGAGGCCAUUGCGUCAGGCAACUUCAAGAAGACCUUUGGAGACAACCCCGACGAAGUCGGAGCCGUCGUUUCCAUCUUCACCGGGGGCGCCUUUUUCGGCGCCAUGUUUGCGGGUCCCACCGGCGACCGUCUCGGCCGGAAGAUGACCAUCCUCAUCGGCGCGUGUAUCUUCCUUGUCGGCGGAGCCUUGCAGACCGGCGCUCAGAACAUCAAGUACCUGUACUCCGGACGAUGUCUUGCUGGUGUUGGUGUUGGUUUCCUUACCAUGAUCAUCCCCCUGUAUCAGGCCGAGCUGUGCCACCCUAGCAUUCGAGGCCGGGUCACUGCCCUUCAGCAGUUCAUGCUUGGAGUUGGUGCCCUGUCUGCCGCGUGGAUCUCAUAUGGUACCUACAUCGGCUUCAGUGACCACGACUCCCGCCAGUGGCGUGUCUCGCUGGGCAUCCAGAUGAUCCCCGCCCUCAUCCUCGCCCUGCUGAUUCUGUUCUUCCCGGAGUCGCCGCGAUGGCUGAUUGACCACGGCCGUGUCGAUAAAGGUCUCCAGACGCUCGCCCGCCUGCACUCCGGCGGCAACACCGACGAUGCUUGGGUGCGCGCCGAGUUCGACCAGAUCCAGGAGACCAUUGCCCGCGAGCACGAAGCCGAGGCAAAGAGCUACAAGGAGCUCUUUACUGACCGCAGCUGCUUCCGUCGCCUCUUCCUCGCCUGCGCCCUGCAGGCCUCGAUCCAGAUGACCGGUGUCAGCGCCAUCCAGUACUACUCCGUCACCAUCUACAGUAAGAUCGGCAUCGCCGGCGACGAGACGCUCCGCUACCAGGCCAUCUCGUCCGUCAUCGCCCUGGUUGCUCAGUUCCUCUGCAUCCUGUUCAUCGACAAGUUCGGCCGUCGCUGGCCGCUCAUCUGGGGCAACGUUGGCAACGGAGUGUGCUUCAUCAUUGCCACCAUCCUGCUCGCCAAGUUCCCUCCUGGCUCCGACAAUAACAACGGAAGCGCAGCCUGGGGCUUCAUCGCCAUGACCUGGUUGUACAACUUCUCUUUCAGCGCAACCUGCGGUCCUCUUUCAUGGAUCAUCCCUGCCGAGAUCUUCGACACCAAGACUCGAUCCAAGGGUGUUUCCAUUGCGACCAUGACGUCCUUUGCCUUUAACACCAUGAUUGGCCAGACCACUUCCGUCGCUCUCGACGACAAGCACGGCAUUGGCUGGAGAUGGUACAUCCUCUUCAUCGUCUGCAACUUCACCAACGCCCUCUUCUUCUGGGCUGUCCUCCCUGAGACCGCCAAGCGACCUCUCGAGGAGAUGCGCUAUCUCUUCACUGAGGCUCCUCUCUUUGUGCCCAACAUGGACAUGGCCAAGUUUCAGGCUGGUCUGGAUCUGGAGCGCCGAGUCGAGGAGGUGGAGAAGAAGCAAGAGAUGGAUCACGUUAGCUUGCAGGUAUAG